CGUGGCCCCCGCCAUGAGCGGCGGGGCCAUCGGCCCGAGCCCUUCGCCCGCUGAGGGCCGGCUCUCCCCCAGCCCCUCGGAGGGCUCGCCGCUCUCGCUCCCGUCCCGCUGCAGCUCCCCGGAGCGGGCGGAGCCUCCCGGAGCCUCCCGGAGCCCGCCGGGCCAUAGGAGGGCUGAACACUCUGAAACAGCAGAGGAGAGAAAAGUGUCACCUUGGAAAGAUAACCUUUCACCAUGGGAAGAGUGGUUCAUUGGCAAAGAGAAGGAGCUGCGUGCCCGCCUGCAGGCUCAGGCUGCAGAGGAAGUGAAUAAACAGCUUGAGGAAAUGAAGCAAAAUCAAGAAUGGGAAAGAAGAAAAAGGAUAGCUGAAGAGAAACACAAGGAAUGGGUCCUAAAAAAGAGAGAAGAGGAAAGAAGAGAAAGGAAACGAAAGCUGAGCAAAGAAAUGGCAGAAAAGGCCACAAGGGAACUGGAAAAAAUGCAGCUAAAAGAAAAGGCUGACAUAAAAUAUAAAGAAUGGUUAGAGAAGAAGAGAGCUGAAGAGGCAGAAAAGAAGAAGAAAGAGAAGGAAAAAGAAAAAGAACGGAUGGCUGAGCUACAGGAGAAGAGAACAAGAUCAGAGAAAAUCUUUAAGGAAUGGCUGCAAAAUGCUAGAAAUAAACCACAACCUGCUUUAAAUGGUUUCCCAAAUGGGAGGUCUACAGGGAGUGCUGAUAGAAAUCUGUAUCCAGCUCCAGCAUAUUGUAACCCCAUUCCUUGGAAGCCAGUACAUGUGUCUCCCCCAAAGGAAGACACAGUUCUCAGCAGGAAGAGGAGUCAGAGACCUGCAUCUUGUCAGCCAUGUGCAGCUUUACCAGGGGUGAUUUCUAAGCCCAGGAGUAACCCUUGUAGUGGAUCCCUGUGCAGAAAGAAGCUAUAGAUGGAAGAAAAAAUGUUCUUACAACCUUGACCAAAUGGGGCCAUAAAUGUGAAGUUCUGUGUAGUUAUAUGUCCAGUGCAGAUUGCUUUGUGCCUGCCUUC